CAUCCCUGGAGAGUUAUACAUACGCAGUGAGAAGAUGACUCUGGCAGCCUACAAAGAGAAGGUCAAGGAGCUCCCCCUGGUGUCUCUGUUCUGUGCCUGCUUCAACCCACAGAAUGCAGAUAAGCCUACAUACAAGGCAGAAGAUGCGGUGGACCUGGGCUGGUGCGUCAUCAAAGACGUGGAGGUAAUCGAGCUGAACAAGCGGACAUCUGGCCAGGCCUUCGAGGUCAUCCUCAAGCCCCCGUCCUUUGACGGAGUGCCGGAGCUCAAUGGCUCCAUGCCGCAGCGCCGCGACCCCUCCCUGGAGGAGAUCCAGAAGAAGCUGGAGGCUGCCGAGGAGAGGCGAAAGUGCCAGGAGGCGGAGCUGCUGAAGCACCUGGCGGAGAAGCGGGAGCACGAACGAGAGGUGAUCCAGAAGGCCUUUGAGGAGAACAACAACUUCAUCAAGAACGCCAAGGAGAAGCUUGAGCAGAAGAUGGAAGCCAACAAGGAGAACAGGGAGGCCCUGCUGGCCGCCAUGCUGGAGAGGCUGCAGGAGAAGGACAAACAUGCCGAAGAAGUGAGGAAGAACAAGGAGAUGAAGGAGGAAGCCUGCCGGUAG